CCCCUGUGUUCCUAGGAUUAACAUGCUGUAGGUGGAACGUCAGAAACAUUGGAUAAUGAAUCUUAUGGCAAGAGCCUUGUAUGAUAAUGUCCCAGAGUGCGCAGAGGAGCUGGCUUUCCGCAAAGGAGACAUUUUGACAGUGAUAGAACAGAACACUGAAGGGCUGGAAGGAUGGUGGCUCUGCUCUUUACAUGGCCGACAAGGCAUUGUUCCAGGCAACCGGGUGAAACUUUUGAUAGGCCCAGUACAGGAUAGUCCGUCUAACCAGGACACGUCCAAUUCAAGAUCAAUGCAUCAUGCCUAUAACCAGCAGAAAGUCUACCAAAUGCCAAGCUCACAGGCUUCAACUUGGGACCCGGUAUACCAGGUGCCACCUUCCCAUCUGAAUCAGGGCAUCUACCAGGUACCUACCGGCCAUGGUCUACAGGAGCAAGAUGUUUACCAAGUCCCACCAUCUGUGCAGAGAAGCUUAGGUGGUACUGAUGGUUCACCUUUCAACAGCAAGGUAGUAACUCCAGUCAGGACAGGACAAGGUUAUGUUUAUGAGUUCCCUUCCAAAUACCAGAAAGAUAUCUACGAUACCCCUCCAGUUCGUCCUUCCCAAGGGAUAUAUGACGUUCCCCCUGCAUCAGUUAAGGGGCCUGUGCAUCCAGUCCCAAUGGGAGAGGCAAAAGCUCAAGGGGUGUAUGAUAUACCGGCUAUAAAAGGGAUCUAUGAUGUUCCUGCAUCUGCAUGCAGAGAGGAUACAGGGCUGAGGGAAAAUUUGCUGGAUUUCCCUUCUUCAGUGAACCAUAAUGCAAGACUAGAAGGAGUGUAUGACAUCCCUCCUCCCACUACCAAAGAACUUAGCAAGAAAUUUACCUCUGACGUCCCUCUACCUAAUGAUUUAUUGUCAUGCAAACAUAGCCUAUAUGACAUUCCAGUGAGCCAUCAAAAUCAAUUUCUUGGUCAGCAGAUUGCUCCUCAGAAGGAUGUAUACGAUACCCCUCGUGGAGUUCCAUUUCCUGGACAGCAGUCGGGAUUCAGCAAAAGUCUAAAUCCAGAGGGAAGGGAAGGUGUGUAUGAUGUGCCACCACAGACUACACAAGACACUAAAGGAUUGAAAGAUGUGACAGAUGGGAUAAAUAGAUUGUCUUUCUCCAGUACGGGCAGCACUAGGAGUAACAUGUCUACAUCUUCCACAACUUCAAAGGAGUCUUCUUUUUCAGCCUCGCCUUCUCAGGACAAACGAUUAAUACUAGAUCCAGACACAGCCAUAGAGAGACUUUAUUGGCUUCAGCAGACAGUGGAGACUGUGGUCUCUAAUCUUAUGGCUUUUGUUAACACAGACUGGCGGUCUUAUGGGUACAUGGAGAAAAAUAUCAAUGAAAUCCACACUGCCGUGGAGAAAGUAGAGCAGUCGUUGGUGGAGUAUCUUCAGUUUGCAAAAGGAGCAACAGCCAAUGCUUCCUGUCUCUCAGAAAUCAAUCUCCAUAACAAAAUGAGAAGGGAGCUGCAGAGACUGGAGGAUUCUCACCAGAUCUUAACCCAGACCAGCCAUGACCUGAAUAGCUACAGCUGGUCAUUGAACAUCUUGGCAGUCAACAAAUCCCAAAACAAAUGUGAUGAUCUAGACCGAUUUGUUAUGGUGGCAAGGACAGUCCCAGAUGAUGCGAAGCAAUUGACCACCACUAUCAGCAUCAAUGCAGAAAUGCUAUUCAAACAGGUAUCAGGCAGCUCACGUGUAAAGAAUGUUUCAGAGAACAUUAUGAACACAACUGACUAUGCAUACAACAGCCCCCAGAAUCAGUUGUUACACCACAGAGAGAAAACUCAGGACCACGGCAGUUCUUUGCCCCCAUUGCUGAGUAAAGACCAGCAUCCCCCUGGUAUCACUAAUGAGGGCUCUGAGAAGAGCUGGAUGGAUGAUUAUGAUUACGUUCACCUACAGGGAAAAGAGGAGUUUGAAAGACAACAGAAAGAGCUUCUAGAAAAAGAAAAUAUCAUCAAGCAGAACAAGAUGCAGCUGGAGCAUCAUCAGAUCAAUCAGUUCCAGCAACUGGAGCAAGAGAUCACAAAGCCUGUGGAGAAUGACAUUUCAAAAUGGAAGCCGCCUCAGAGUCUUCAAACUGCAAGCAGCACUGUGGGCUCUCAAGACCGAGAGCUGCUCUUCUUUUAUUCUGACCAGUGCGAGACUCAUUUUGUUUCUCUCCUAAAUGCCACUGAUGCCUUUUUUAACUGUGUCAGUGCUGCUCAGCCACCAAGGAUGUUCGUCGCUCACAGCAAGUUUGUCAUUUUAAGCGCUCACAAACUGGUGUUCAUUGGGGACACGCUCACAAGGCAAGUGACUACUCAGGAUAUCCGCAGCAAAGUGAUGAACUCCAGCAACCAGCUGUGUGAAUUGCUAAAAAACAUUGUUAUGGCAACCAAGAUGGCUGCUUUGUAUUAUCCCAACCCAGCUGCCCUGCAGGAGAUGGUCGACCGAGUAACAGAACUGUCUCAUCACGCACAGCUGUUUAAACGCUCUCUGGUACAGAUGGCAUCAUUCUGA